GGGAGAGGUCACGGGAUCAGAGGCGGGAAGAUGGCGAAUGUGGCCAAGAGGGUGUCCUGGUCCAGCAAAGGGGACGAGCAGCGCGGCGGAGCGGGGGGGGAGUCCGUGCCGCUGCUCAACGGCUCCCCGACCAGAGCCCACACCCCGACACCGACCCCGACACAGGCGGAUCAAACCGAACCCCCCGGACAGUCGCCCCAAGCAAAUUUCUUCCUCAUCGGAAGGCUGAGCAAUGUGGAUUUGGAUGAUGAUGCUACACGAGACCCGGAUAGUGAUCCACCUAUUUGUGUUGCUAAGGAAAUUGCUCACAAUGAAAAAUUGCUUUCACUUAAAUAUGAGAGUCUUGACUAUGAUAAUAGUGAAAAUCAACUAUUUAUGGAAGAGGAGAGGAAGACGAGCAAAAUGGGCUUUGAUGUACUUGAAAUCAAUCGAUGGGUGGUAUGUUGCUUUAUUGGAAUCUUUACUGGACUCAUUGCCUGUUUCAUUGAUAUUGUUAUAGAAAUCGUUGCAGGUAUAAAGUACAAAGUCAUCAAAGAAAAUAUUGAUAAAUCCACAGAAGGAGGUGGAUUAUCUAUCUCACUGGUGCUCUGGGCAGCACUGAAUGCUGCCUUUGUGAUGUUUGGUUCUUUUAUGGUUGCAUUUAUAGAGCCUGCAGCUGCUGGCAGUGGAAUUCCCCAGAUCAAAUGCUACCUCAAUGGAGUGAAGGUGCCACAUGUGGUUCGUCUUAAAACUCUGGCGGUGAAAGUAUUUGGGGUGCUCUUCUCUGUGGUUGGUGGACUGGCAGUCGGGAAGGAAGGUCCUAUGAUCCAUUCUGGUGCGGUCAUUGCGGCUGGUAUUUCUCAAGGCAGGACCUCAACCCUAAAGAAAGAUUUCAAGAUAUUUGAGUAUUUUCGCAGGGACACCGAAAAGAGGGAUUUUGUGUCCGCAGGAGCGGCAGCUGGAGUUUCUGCUGCUUUUGGUGCCCCUGUAGGGGGUGUUCUUUUCAGCUUGGAAGAAGGAGCUUCAUUCUGGAAUCAGAUGCUCACUUGGCGUAUUUUCUUUGCUUCAAUGAUUUCAACAUUUACUUUAAACUUUGUGCUGAGUGCCUACCGUGGCAAACCUGGUGACCUGUCCAACCCAGGUCUCAUCAACUUUGGGCAGUUUCAAAGUGAGGCUAUCCAAUAUAAUUGGUAUGAAAUCCCCAUAUUUAUAUGCAUGGGUGUAAUUGGUGGUAUUCUUGGUGCAUUGUUUAAUGGGUUAAAUUACUGGCUUACGCUGUUCAGAAUAAGGUACAUUCACCAUCCUUGUUUGCAAGUGAUUGAGGCUACCUUGGUAGGAGCUGCGACUGCUACAGUUUCCUUUGUGAUGAUCUAUGCAAUGUAUACCUAUGACUGUCAGCCUAUUGCAGAAGACCCUGUUAAAUAUCCACUCCAACUGUUCUGCCCAGAUGGCGAGUACAAUGCAAUGGCCACAGCAUUCUUUAACACUCCUGAAAGCAGCGUGCGCAGUCUGUUUCACGAUCCUUCAGAUAGGAAAGCAGAUCAUUAUGAACUGCCAGAACUACUGUGA